AUGGACCCCCAAGAGACUCACAGCAAGUCCGAGCUCGAUGUCGAGUCUGCCAGUGAUCAGGCCAAAGAUGAUUCUGAUAGGACUGGACGCAGCAUGCGGAUCACAUUCGAGGAAUCCCAAUCUGCAGAUGGAACGCGGUCAAUCUACCAGCCUGCGCAGCUUGGACGCACUCGGUCCGUGAGUCGUGAUACAAUCCACAGCACCCACAGCAGCAUCCAAAAUGCCGCAGGCACCGCGGGGUUUCCUAUUGAAUUCCGAACCCUCUCGAUUCAAAUCUCCGAGUCCCAGAAUGCGACAAAGCAAGUGGAUGUGGAGGAGCAUAAGGAGAAGCAGACUCACCAGGACUACUUUGAGAGUCUGGAUUUUCAUACUCUCUCACAAGAGAAGCUGUGCCAGGAAUUCAACGUCGAUCAGCGUACUGGGCUCAGUGCCUCUUCUGCCGCCAAGCGCCUUCAGCGUGACGGCAAGAACGUCAUUGCCCACCACCGGGAGAACUACCUCAGGAAGAUCUUGUUCUAUGUCUUUGGUGGCUUUUGCUCGGUGCUCUGGGUUGGUGUUGUUAUCUUCUUUAUAUGCUGGCAACCUCUGAGCAACCCGCCCUCACCUACCAAUCUUGCCAUGGCCAUCCUGAUCAUCAUCGUCAUCACACUGCAGGCGAGCUUCUCGGCAUUUCAGGACUGGUCGACAAAGCGUGUCAUGAACUCGAUUUUGAACCUUCUCCCUGCAGAAGCUAUGGUGCUGCGCGACGAAAAAAUGAUUCGCCUCCCUACCACCGAGUUGGUUGCUGGCGAUAUUGUCCACAUUGGCAUUGGAAACAAAGUCCCCGCAGACAUGCGCAUUCUGCAGAGCUCCGGAGAUGUUCGCUUCGAUCGUGCAAUCUUGACUGGCGAGUCGGAAGAGAUUGAUGGCGCUAUUGACUCCACAGACACCAACUUUCUCGAGACGCGCAACAUCGCCCUGAUGGGAACCUGUGUGACAAAUGGAAACGCGAUUGGUGUCGUUGUACUCACUGGCGCCCGGUCUGUUAUGGGUCGCAUCGCAAAAAUGACGUCCGGGGUCAAGCAGAAGCCAACCUUGAUCCAGCGUGAGAUCACCCGCUUCGUCACAAUUAUCGUCUGCUUGACGGUCACCCUGGCCUUGUUGAUACUUUUCACCUGGCUGGGAUGGCUUCGCAGGGACCAUCCUACGUACAUGAGUGUGGUGGCCAUGCUAAACAAUGUCAUGGGCUGCGUGGUGGCUUUUAUCCCCGAGGGUGUACCUGUUGGCGUGGCCCUGACCCUUAUGAUGGUCGCCCGGCGCAUGAAGCAGACCAACAUCUUGCCAAAGGGACUGGCAACCGUGGAGACUCUGGGCUGCGUGAACGUGAUCUGCUCCGACAAGACCGGAACUCUGACCCAAAACCGCAUGUUUGUCAAGUCACUUGGCAUGGUGGAUUGGGAGUACAGUGUCGAGGACCUGGCUCCGGGUGAGUUCGGCACAUUUGACGUCCCGGAUGGCCUUGCAACUUUGCUACGUGCGUCGGCCCUCUGCAAUGACGCCAGUUUUGACACGACGACCUUGAGCUUGCCCGUUCAUGAGCGGGUUGUCAACGGAAAUGCCACAGAUGCGGCAGUGUUGCGGCUUGCGGACAGCGUGGGCUCAGCGGCACCAAAGGUUCUCGCUCCAUAUGAACGGGUGCACCAGAUCCCGUUCAAUUCCAAAAAUAAGUGGAUGCUUACCAUGCACCGAGACCCUGCUGUAUCUAAGGAAUACCUGGUCUAUGUCAAGGGAGCGCCAGAUGUGCUCUUGUGUCGUUGCACUUCCUACUGGUCUUCCAUACACAAUGGCGUCCGCCCACUGGAUGAAGAUGCCCGUCAGAAAUUCUCAGACUUUCAAGCGAAGCUGUCACGUCGAGCAGAGCGAGUAAUUGUCCUCUGCCAGCGGCACUAUGUGCCGCGUAAUGAGCCCGGAUCCAACGGGUUCAGCGACGAGAUCAUGAGUUCAGCGGUACAAAAUUUGACCGUCAUGGGAAUAUUCGGCAUCAUUGAUCCACCACGAACGGAGACAGCCCAGACGGUGGCGGCUUGCCGGCGUGCAGGAAUUCGGUUCUUCAUGGUGACUGGCGACUUUGGGUUGACUGCGGCGGCCAUCGCCCGCGCUAUCGGGAUCUACGAUGGGGCAGUUGAGCCAGACAAAAUCGAUGAUCUUCGAGAUACUAUCGAUGUUGCAGCAGAAGUCAAGAUGCCACGCUCGCGACAUAGUCUGCUUCUCGAGGGGCCUAGCCUCUCGUCAUUGACGGAAAAGGACUGGGACACGGUCUGUGGAUAUGACGAGAUCGUCUUCGCCCGCACGAGUCCCGAGCAGAAACUGCGGAUCGUGACAGAGCUCCAGGCACGCCGCAAGGUAGUUGCCGUAACAGGCGAUGGCGUCAACGACGCACCGGCGCUCCGAGCAGCAGACGUGGGCGUUGCUGUCGGUUCCGGCAGUGAUGUGGCCAUCGAAGCAGCCGACCUCGUCCUUCUCGACCGGUUCGACUCGAUCGUCGAAGCCAUCCGUCUGGGGCGGCUGGUCUUCCAGAAUCUGCAGAAAGUCAUCGCAUACCUGCUGCCAGCAGGUAGUUGGUCCGAGAUCUGGCCAGUGCUGAUGAACGUCUUCUUCGGGGUGCCGGCGCCGCUCAGCUCGUUCCUCAUGAUCAUCAUCUGCGUGUUCACAGAUCUCUUCCUGUCUCUGUCUCUGAUCAUGGAGAAAGAAGAAUUCGACCUCCUCAGCCUCCCGCCACGCCGUCCAGCCGCCGACCACCUCAUCAACCUCCGCAUCUACGGCCAGUCCUAUCUCUUCGUCGGCGUCAUGGAAGCCUUCAGCGCCCAUGCCAUGUUCUUCUUGUACAUGUACCGGCACGCCGGUAUUCCCUUCCACGAUCUCGUGUUUGCCUUUGAGCGCUACACCAGCGGCUUCCACGGCUACUCGCAGGACCAGCUGACCCAUUUCAACAACGUCGGUCAGUGCGUCUAUUUCGUCACCCUGGUGAUCAUGCAGUGGGGCAAUAUUCUGUCCGUCCGCAGCAAGCGCAUGUCUCUCCUCCAGGCUGAUCCCAUCCGCCCAGCCCGUCGCAAUCCCUGGCUCCCUCUGGCUAUGUUGAUAUCCCUCAUCAUUGCGAUCUUUGUGACCGAGGUUCCAGGCAUCCAGUCUCUCUUUGGUACCGCCUCCGUGCCCAUUGAGUUCUGGUUGAUUCCUCUCGGUCUGGCGCUAGGCAUCCUGGCUAUGGAUGAGCUGCGCAAGGUGCUGGUGCGCCUGUUUCCCAAUGGUCCGGUGGCGUGGGCUGCUUGGUAA